AAGGAAAAAACCCCCCAAAAUUUCCAAACACCCCCCUCUCAGUAAUAUUACCAAAACACCCCUCUGGAAACCCAAACUUAGCCGUUGAGGGACCCUUUUAACUUUCUUCUUCAUCUCACUGUUCGUCUUUCUCCAAACAAAAAUACUCCAACCAACUAUCAUUUUCACUAAAAUCAUUGUAUUAUUAUUCUCACAUUGGAUACUCAUUUUCAGUGAUUUGUGAACUGUAUAUAUACUUUCUUGUGACCGUUGGAGGCGGUGGGAGUGGAGUAUGGCGUCGACGUCAAGCGGCGAUGUCGGCGCAGGAUGCGGCGGCGGAGGGGAAAUGGGGGUUGCCACGGUGAAGAUGACGGCUGGGACAACUUCGGUGCAGAAGAAUAAAGAGAGUGAGGGUGUUGGAGUGGUGAUGAUGAAGAAGGUGAAAAGAGAAAGAGGAGGGUCUACUGCUAAAGAUAGGAUUAGUAAAAUGCCGCCUUCUACUGCCGGAAAGCGUAGUUCCAUCUACCGCGGCGUUACCAGGCAUAGAUGGACUGGUCGAUAUGAAGCUCACCUUUGGGAUAAAAGCACUUGGAAUCAGAAUCAGAAUAAGAAGGGAAAACAAGUUUAUUUGGGUGCAUAUGAUGACGAGGAAGCUGCAGCUAGAGCAUAUGAUCUUGCUGCUUUGAAGUAUUGGGGGCCAGGAACUCUUAUCAAUUUUCCAGUCACAGAUUAUAGUAGAGAUUUAGAAGAAAUGCAGAGUGUCUCAAGAGAGGAAUACCUAGCAUCACUUAGGAGAAAAAGUAGUGGCUUUUCAAGAGGUAUAGCUAAAUAUCGUGCACUUUCAAGUGGCCGAUGGGAACCUUCACUGGGCCGUGCUACUGCAACUGAAUACCUUCAUGGCAUUCACUAUGGUAAAGGAGAAGAUAUGCCAGCUGAGGGUGAUUAUCCUGGUGGUUUUUCCAUUGAAAGAAAACUUGAUUUAACCGGUUAUAUCAAGUGGUGGGGCCAAAAUAAAGUUCGACAAUCAGAGGCAGGAAAACAUAGCAGCAGUUCUGAAGAAAUGGGGACUGAGCUCAAAUCACUAGAACGGGAAAUCCAAUCUACGGAGCCUUAUCAGAUCCCUCAGUUGGGAACUUCAUACGAAGCAAAGAAAAACAAUAAAGGGUCUGCUACUUCCUCUGCUUUAAGCAUAUUGUCAAGAUCCGCUGCAUACAAGAGUAUGCAAGACAAAGCAUCUAAAGCAAAGGAAACUACUACUGAUAAUGAUGAGAAGGAGAACAAAAGUUAUAUUAGCAAGAUUGAUUGUGGUAAGGAUAUCCAGAAAACAUGUGAUGAUGCUGGAAUUGAGACAUUGGGUUCUUCCCUUGGAAUAGGUGGAUUACCUCUUCACAAGAACAUGUUUCCUUUGUCUCCACUACUCACUGCACCACUUUUGACGAAUUACAACACCCUUGAUCCUUUAGCAGACCCGAUCCUUUGGACGUCUUUAAUGCCUGUGUUGCCUACGGCCCCUUCUCGGACUGUUGAGGUUACCAAAACCGAGACCGGCUCAACAUAUAGCUUCCUAAGGCAAGAAGAAGGAUGAAAAAUUCUUCCACGUGUUGCAAGUAUCUGGCCAAUUACAUACAUGGGCAGAACUACAGUGCUACAGGCAGAGUAAGAAAUCUCUAUGAUAGAGCUCAAGACAUGCUUAUAGGGGAGAAAAUAAAAACAGCCUGGCAGACUAAUUAUGCAUAGCAGGAAGAAAUUAUGUCCCUCUCCCAAUGUGGCAAUGUGCAUAGCAUCAUCUAGUUUUAAGCUGUAAAGGAGCAACCAUCUUUAAGAUUCCAAGAAUAGCACUACUUGUUAAUAUGUAGCCAUGAGCAGUUUGUCCGCGUUACUGUAAACUCUGCCGUUGCUGCAGGCAACGCUGACCGUAAAUUUUCAGGGCUGCUUAAUAGUUUCUCUUUUUUCCAGGUUACUAAUAUAUAUGAACUUAUUAAGUUCAGACCUAAUUGGUAUGUUGAAAACCAUACCUAAAAGUUAUUAAUAAAAUAGCCAUAUCAUCAUUUGGUUAUCAGACAUAUGAAAGAACAUAAUUUGCUUUUA